AUGUUGCAGCUGACUGGCUGGACCUGGAUUUCCGGCUGGCGCUUGGCCUCGGCUGCGUUUUCGAGCGUCUUUGGAGUCGCGACGGUCUGGCUCUUUCGGAGGCACUCCUUGGUUUGGCGCCGCCACGCCCGCCGCUGUAACGAUGCAGAGGUGCUUUCCGGCGUGGAGGACGUUUGCAUGCGCUACGGCCUCACGAAGGAGGGCGGCUUCCUGCCAGCGGCUUGCUUGGACCGCUUGCCCAAGGAAUUCGAUGCAUGGGAGGCUGUGGCCUCCGAGCUCCCACGUUUGAACCGCUCCGGGCGCUUGGCUGCACGGCUCGAGGCUUUGCCCCAACUCGACGUCGCCAAUCUGAAGCCCGAGGAGCUCCGCCGGGCGUAUGUGUUGCUGGGUUCUCUGGCGCACUCCUACGUGCACCGUCAGGCCGUCCCCUGGCACAAGCUGGAUGACCCAACCUCAGGCGAGGACGGCAGAGUGCCGCAGCACAAGGCACGGCUGCCGCGGCAGGUGUCGGAGCCCUGGCUGCAGGUGUGUCAGCAGCUGGGCAUGCCUCCGGUGCUGACGGCGGCCGGCACCGACCUCUGGAACUGGCGCCUGCGAGACACGAGCAAGCCCUUCGAGCCAGCCAACCUGGAGCAGCGCAUCACCGUGACGGGCAGUGGCUCGGAGAGGGUCUUCCACAUGGUGCCCUGUGCCAUGCAAGCUGCCGCAGCGGAGGUGGUGCCCAAGAUUUUCCUGGCGGACGUGCUUGUCCGAAAAGGCCGCCAGGAGACGAGCUUGCUGCCUUGCUGCUUGAGGUGGCAGAUGUCCUCCGAGAGUUCAAGCGCUUCUUUAAGCAGAUCGCAACAGGUGUUGACCCGGACAUCUUUUACAAUGUGUACCGGCCUUUGCUGA